CAUGUGAAAAAGCGUGACGUCACAACAUCCUUACACGCGGUGUGGCAAUUUGUAACGGCUCAAGAUUGUAAGAGUUAGAUCUACAAAUCUAAGCCUUUACAGUGUUCAACACAGCAUAAUAAUGGCGUCCCCAAAUGGACAAGAAAGUGUUCCAGAUUCUUGGGACGAAAUUCCUUCAGUUCAGACUGACAAUGUUCCAGAACUUUCAUCACGACUGUCUAGGACAAAUCUUAAUGUUAAUGCACCUGUCUUCACUCCAGGACAAAAUGUAUUCGCAACUCCUUUCAUUCCUCCAGAUUCAGUUUCCGUCAAUAAUUCAGCUGUUGAAGUUGAACCUAGAUCUACAACCACAAUAGAAGCAGCAAGUGAAGAAUUAGAACCUUCUACUGAAUCAAUUACAGAACCUCAAGAAUCUUCAUCUAUAGACACAGAAGGAAAAGAUGAGGUCAUGGAAACAGAAGUUAAAGAGACAUUACCAGAUGUUGAGGAGACUGGGAAUGGUGAUAUAGAUGACUGGGCCAAUGAUCUGGAAGAAGGUGAUAAAGAUGAUGAUGAGAUGGUGGAUGAAGAUGAUGACACCGAUGACACUGAUGUUGAAAAGCCUAAGAAAAAGCCAAAAGCACCUGGUCAACCAAAAAUCAGAAAAGAGCAUCUAAAUGUUGUAUUUAUUGGUCAUGUCGAUGCUGGAAAAUCUACUAUUGGAGGUCAUUUGCUUUAUCUUACAGGUAUGGUUGACAAAAGAACCUUAGAAAAAUAUGAAAGAGAAGCAAAAGAGAAGAAUAGAGAAUCAUGGUAUUUAUCUUGGGCAUUAGACACUAAUUUAGAGGAACGUGAGAAAGGAAAAACUGUGGAAGUUGGAAGAGCAUUUUUUGAAACGGAAAAGAAGCAUUAUUCAGUCUUGGAUGCACCUGGUCACAAAAGUUUUGUCCCCAAUAUGAUUUGUGGAGCCUCUCAAGCAGAUUUAGCUAUUCUGGUUAUAUCCGCUAGACGAGGUGAGUUUGAGACAGGUUUUGAAAGAGGUGGUCAGACAAGGGAACAUGCAAUGUUGGUUAAAACAGCUGGAGUCAGGCAUAUGAUUGUUCUUAUCAACAAGAUGGAUGACCCAACUGUUGAAUGGGAUGAGUCGAGGUUUAUUGAAUGUAGAGAAAAAAUACUUCCAUAUUUAAGAAAGUGUGGCUUUAAUCCCAAAACAGACCUUUAUUUUAUGCCUUGCUCAGGGCUAGGUGGAGCAUUUCUAGCUUCAGUUCCAGAUGAAUCUGUGUGUCCUUGGUACAGGGGCCCAUCAUUGUUAGAGUACUUAGAUUCAAUGCCUCCCAUUAGUAGAGCACUGGAUGCACCUGUUAGAGUGCCACUUGUUGAGAGAUAUAAGGAUAUGGGAACCAUUGUUUUAGGAAAAAUUGAAUCUGGAGUAAUCACAACAAAUCAAAAGUUACUUAUGAUGCCAAAUAAAACACCUGUAAGAGUCAUGAACAUAGUUUCUGAUGAGGAUGAAAGUGAUGAUGCUAUGCCAGGAGAAAAUGUUAGAUUAAAAAUAAGUGGUGUAGAAGAAGAGGACGUUUCCCCUGGAUUUGUAUUGUGUUCCCCUGAAAAUGUCUGCAACACUGGAAGAAUUUUUGAUGCCCAGAUAGUAAUAUUAGAAUACAAGUCAAUCAUCUCAGCAGGUUACAGUUGCAUUUUGCAUAUCCAUGCAUGUGUAGAAGAAGUAACACUUAAGGCUUUAAUCUGUUUGAUUGAUAAAAAAACUGGAGAGAAAACUCAAGUGAGACCAAGAUUCAUAAAACCUGACCAAGCUGGUAUUGCAAGAUUAGAAGUCAAUGGUGGUUUAAUAUGCUUAGAGACUUUUAAAGACUUCCCACAGAUGGGAAGAUUUACACUGAGAGAUGAAUUAAAAACUAUUGCUAUUGGAAAAGUGCUUAAAAUUAUUGAAUAAGUCUUUCUCAACUGCUGACUCCAGAUCUGGGGCUGGGACUCUGAAAGGUUCUUGUUUCUAUCUAGCAAUGUUCAUAUGAUCGCAUUACCACAAGUUGACUGAUGUCUUGCUACAAAUUUAUUUUUAAGUUUAUUCUGCCCAACCUACAAGUGUUUUUUUAAAGAAAACUUGUGUAUUAAAAAAAAUGUUGAAUGUCUAGCGAGUUAUAGUUUAGUGUAAUAUUUCAAGUGAGUGUAGCAAGAGAAGUACAGGUUUACAAUCUGUGAUAUGAAAUUUUAGGCAUUGUGGCUUAAUGUGUAUGAAAUUUGAAAGAAAAAAAAUGUACCUCUUUCAAAGAACCUUUACUUUGCAUUAUGUAUUCAUCUCUUGAACAUGCAUCUACCAUCAUUCAUCAACAAUGGUGCAAAUUGCUGGACCAGUUGUGAAAUGAGGACUGGGACGGUUAGUCUUGUUUGACAUUUGUUUUGAAUUGUAUAUUUAUGCAAUAUAAUGAAACUGGAGGAAGGGCAUUUUUUUGUUUGUUUACUUAUUAUCUAUGCCUUAUUCUCAGAUGCUUCUUCUAGUGAUCAUUUUCAAGUCCUUUUAAAGGUUGGGGGAGGGGAAGAUAUAUGUAAAAUUGUGUCCAGUCAAUUUAGGAAUACUUCAUUCAAAUUUGCAGUGAAUUUGAAGACUUAGACUAAAAAAUGUCUUGAGAGUUGUGUAAUUAUGUAAAUUCUACUCUAAAUGUAACAGUUUGUGUAAGAAAUGUACAUUUAAGUUUGAGCACAUUUUAAGUGAUAUAUCACAGAAAUAUUGAAAUGCCUAUUACUUUAUUUUAUGUAAAUAAUUUAUUUUGGAUUUUAAAGAAUGCAUUUUGUUGGUGUAAACAUUGAACCCAACUUGUUUUAUGUUUGAAUGUUUGGAUGAAUUUCUGUGGUAUGAAAUUUUGGCAAAUAAAAUAUUUUUCCAUUCA